AUGGAAAUUUAUUAUUUAAAAAAAAAAAAAAAAAUCAAAUACAAAGAAUUAUUCAUAACAACAUUUUUAACACAUGGAGGGUCUAAUAUAAUUUCCAAGCUUAUUAUAUCACCUCUUGAAAGGAUAGUACUUAUAAAGCAAAUACAACCCAUCUUUUUUAAAAAUGUAUUAAUUGAACCAUCUUAUACGUACAGAAAUAUAAUAAAUAGUAUACGCACAAAUCAAGGAUACACUUCAUUUUGGUGGGGUUAUAAUGCCAGUAUCUGCAAUUUUCUAUCAUUCAGCUUUUUAAGACUACUAUUUCAUGACCAAAUAAAAUAUAACCUAGCCAUUGAAAACAGAAAAAAUUAUUUUAUGACCAACUUUUCCUUGUUAUAUUUUUCAAGUUGCCUAGCUGCCUCAAUUGCAUACCCAUUCGAUACUGUGCGCAAUUAUAUGUCUUUAAAUCAUGAAAUUAUUAAAGAUAAAAAAAAAUAUGCAAGGAGUGUUUUCCUAUUCAUAUAUGAUCAAAUUGUGAGAGGAAAAAUCAGAAACUUAUAUUGUGGCUAUAGCUUGUGCUUAUUGAAUUUCAUUCCGUAUUUAUUAAUAACAAGCAAAUUGAAUGAGGUCUUCACAAAAUAUUUUAUCGACGAUAAUUUUGAAAAGAAUAAUUACAUUUCACAUGAUGGUUCGAAAAGGAAUAAUAUAAAGGAAGAAUAUAAUAAAUUAUUUAAAAAGACAACUAACUUUUUUUCAUAUAUCGCUUUGGGUGUUAUAACAGGUUAUGUGGCUCAAAUGGCAACAUAUCCUCUAGAAACGUAUAGAAGAAAAUAUCAAUAUCAUGUUAUGUAUGAACAGAAAUUUCCUAACACCUUAAUGCAUAAAAGAUAUUUAAAGAAUAAUACAACAACACAAUAUCAACAUAUUUUUAAAAAAGUUUGCAAUUUAUAUAGAGGGUUUACCUUACAUUCUUUUAAAUUGAUACCUGAGUAUUUUAUAUUCAGUUGUUUUUUUUACUACGUCAAAAAUAACAUACCAAUAUGA